AUGUCAAAAUAUUUCUCACAAGAUCUUGACGUUGAUAAGUUAGAUCUAGUUGUCAAAACAUUUUAUACUGGUGUCGGCGAACAGCAACAACUGGCUCAACGAAUUUUAACUCAAUUUAAAGAACAUCCUGAUGCUUGGUUAAAAGUUGAUUCUCUUUUAGAUAAAUCCAAAUAUAUUCAUACAAAGUAUAUUGCAUUACAAAUUCUUGAAAAACUUAUUCAAACAAGAUGGAAGAUUCUUCCUCCUGAACAACAAAUGGGCAUUAUAAUAGUUGCAACUUCUGAGAAUGAACAAUCACUUCAUAAAGAGAAAACUUAUUUGAGUAAACUUAAUUUGAUUCUAGUACAGAUACUUAAACAAGAAUGGCCACAUAAUUGGCCACAAUUCAUUCCUGAGAUUGUUAGUACUGGACGUUCGAAUUUAAAUAUAUGUGAGAAUAAUAUGGCAAUUUUAAAAUUAUUAAGGCAAAUUUUCGAUUAUUCUGCUGAACAAAUGACACAAAUUAAAACAAAAAAUUUGAAAGCAAGAAUGUGUAAUGAAUUUUCAAAGAUUUUUGAACUUUGUAACGAAGUCUUACAAACAGCCAAUCAAACAAGUUUAAUUAAAGCAACUUUGGAAACGCUUUUAAAAUUUUUAAAUUGGAUUCCUUUGGGAUACAUCUUUGAAACUAGUAUAAUUGAUAAUUUAUGGACUAGAUUUAUAGAAUUGGAUGAUUAUAGAAAUUUAUCAUUAAAGUGCAUGACUGAGAUUGCAGCAAUAAGCAUAGAUCCGGAACAUGGUACCAAACUAAUUCAACUUUUUAGCAUGAUAUUGGAGUUACCACAGAACCGUUCCGCUCUUAUAACUGCGCAUUACUGGCUCCUUCGUAUUUCCCAAGUUGAAGAACGUGAGGUUUUCAAGUCCAGCGAUUUAUAUGCUGAAAUUACACAAUUACCUGUUCUUGAAAUGCCUCUUCUUUCUCUAACUGGCGUUUCAUCAGCCCCUACCUCUCUUGCCAACAUUCCAUUGAGAAAACAUAUUUACGUUGACAUUUUAUCAAAUUUAAGAGUUGUUAUGAUUGAUCGUAUGGUAAAACCAGAAGAGGUUCUUGUGGUUGAAAAUGAAGAGGGUGAGGUUAUUCGUGAAUUUAUGAAAGAUAGUGAUACAAUCACUUUAUACAAAAGUAUGCGCGAGUGUUUGGUCUACCUGACAAAUUUAGAUGUACAGGAUACCGAGAGUAUUAUGUCAAACAAAUUAACUAAACAGGUUGAUGGAUCAGAAUGGUCAUGGAAUAAUCUAUGUAAACUUUGUUGGGCAAUUGGUUCUAUUUCUGGCGCAAUGUACGAAGACACAGAAAAACGGUUUUUGGUAACUGUUAUUAAAGAACUUUUAGGUGUACAAGAUAUGGCGUGUGAUACUUUUAUUAAAAUAGCACAAAAAUGUCGACGUCAAUUUAUUAUACCGCAACAAGGUGAAAGUGUACCUUUCGUUGAUGAAAUAUUGAAUACAAUUGAAACUAUUACGAAAGAUUUAUCACAUCAACAGGUUCAAACUUUUUAUGAAGCUGUUGGUUAUAUGAUAUCUGCACAAACUAAUAAGACUGCACAAGAACGAUUGGUUGCUCAAUAUAUGGAGCUUCCAAAUGCAGGAUGGGAUAGAAUAUUGACACAAAUUUCUCAAAACUUGGAUGCGUUAAAUGUGCCUGAAAAUACUAAAAUGUUAGGGCACAUUCUAAAAACUAAUGUAGCUGCAUGUAGUGCGGUGGGUGGCGGAUUUUCAACUCAAAUUGCUAGAAUUUAUUUUAGUCUAUUUGAAUUAUACAAAGCAGUCAGUCAGCUUAUAUCAGAUAGUGUAGCAAAAGAUGGAUUGAUUGCAACAAAAACACCACGUGUACGUAAUUUAAGGGUUAUCAAAAAAGAAACAUUAAAAUUAAUGGAAGUUUAUAUAACUAAGGCAGAAGAUACAAGUCAAAUCAUAACACAUUUAAUGCCACCAUUCUUAACAUCAGUUCUUAUCGACUACAAUACAAACGUAGAGCCUGCAAGAGACGCUGAAGUGUUAAGUUCAAUGGCAGCUAUUAUAUCAAAAUUGGGGGCUAGCAUCACGAAUGAAAUUCCCUCAAUAUUGAGUGCUGUGUUUGAAUGUACUCUAAAUAUGAUUAAUAAAGAUUUUUCGGAAUACCCUGAACAUCGCGUUGGAUUCUUUAAAUUACUUCGAGCCAUUAAUCAACACUGUUUCCCAGCGUUACUUACAUUACCUGCAGCACAAUUUAAACUUAUAAUGGAUAGUAUUGUAUGGGCAUUUAAGCAUACAAUGAGAGAUAUUGCAGAUACUGGAUUACAUAUUUGUUUAGAACUCCUGAACAAUAUUUCAAAUCAAGAGUCAGCGGUAGCAAAUGCAUUCUAUCAACAAUAUUAUCUUAAUUUAUUACAAGAUGUAUUCUUUGUUUUAACAGAUACAGAUCACAAAAGUGGGCUUUUUGAACUAAAUCAAGAUAAUAUGAAAUUCAAAUUACAUCUACGUGAUUUUCUUAUUCAACUUAAAGAGUUUGCAGGCGAUAAUGCAGAUUUAUAUCUUGAGGAAAGAGAAGCUGAAGCCGAACUACGUAAGAAAACAGAAAUGGCAAAUGCGUUGAAAAUUCCAGGUCUUGUUAAACCAGCCGAUUUGCCUAUGGAAGAAGAAUAA